AUGUCUAAGAACUCGGAGUUCAUCAACCUGUCAUUUUUAUUAGAUCAUGAGAAGGAGAUGAUCCUGGGAGUCCUAAAGAGAGAUGAAUAUUUGAAAAAAGUAGAGGACAAGAGAAUAAGGAAGCUGAAAAAUGAACUCUUGGAAGCAAAACGUAGAAGUGGGAAGACUCAGCAAGAGACCAGCAGGGUCUGUGCUCACUGUCAGCGAAACCUGGGCUUGAUAUUCGACCGCGGAGACCCGUGCCAGGCCUGCUCACUCAGAGUAUGCGGCCAGUGCCGGGUCUCAGGCCUUGAUGGCAGCUGGCGGUGCACCGUCUGUGCCAAAGUCGCACAGCUAAGGAUUGUAACUGGUGAAUGGUUUUUUGAAGAAAAGGCAAAGCGUUUCAAGCACGUCAGUGUUCUGGGCACUGAUGUUGUCCGACAGUCCAUCUUAAGAAGAAGUCCAGGAGCUGAAGAAAUACAAAGCCAAGAACAAACCCACCAGAACGCAGAAAAGUCAGACACUUCGCUUUCUGCUGGGCGGAAGGCCAGCCACGAUGGGCCCAGGAAAAAGGGAUUUCUUCUUAGCAAGUUCAGAUCAGCAACCAGAGGAGAAAUUGUAACUUCAAAAACUGAAAGCGGGCGGAGCUACAGCUUGGACUUAGACAGCCAAAAUUUUCGGAGUUUAAAGUCAGCCCCUGGUUCAGACAGGGGAAGCACUGGUUCAUCAGAUUUCAACGAGCAGGAAGCUGGUCCUGGGACUCCAAGGAGCAUCCAGAGCAAUGGUGUGACCCCAGUCACUCAGAGGUCACCGGCCCCAAGCACACGCAGCGUGACCUCAGUCAGCAAUCGAGAACAUGGUUUUGAAAAUUCCAUGGAUUUGGCUGCCAUUGAAAGCACCUCUGAGGAUCUCACGAAGAGUCGUCACCGAAGAACUUCCGGCACACCUUCCAUAGCAGUGUCCAGGGCCUCCCUCUCCUCAGACCGGAGUCGAUCUGAGUUAGAUUUGAGUGGGUCAUUUACAGAAGACUUAGAGGAUACUGUAAGCAUAAGAAGCAAGUCUGUCCCUGGGGCUUUAGACAAAGACUUGGACUACUUGGAAGAGACGGAAGAAGGCAUUGAUGACUUAGCGUCCUCUCGGUUUUCUGCAAACACCCACAGUCUAGCAAGCGGCCUGUCAACCAAUUCUCAAGCAGGCUCUGACAGGAAGUGGACCUACCUAAGUGUGCCUGACGCUGACUCAGACACUACCAGCCUGAACAGCAUGAUGAGUGUUUACAGUGAAACAGGAGACUAUGGCAACGUGAAGGUCAGUGGGGAAAUCCUUCUCCACAUCAGCUACUGCUACAAAACUGGCGGGCUCUACAUUUUUGUCAAGAAUUGCAGAAACCUGGCCAUAGGAGAUGAAAAGAAACAGAGGACAGAUGCUUAUGUCAAGUCAUACCUUCUUCCUGACAAGUCUAGAAAUAAUAAGCGCAAGACCAAAAUCAGAACAGGCACCAAUCCAGAAUUCAAUGAAACACUAAAGUAUACCAUCAGCCACAGCCAGCUGGAAACGAGAACUCUGCAGCUCUCAGUCUGGCAUUACGAUCGAUUUGGACGGAACAGCUUCCUUGGGGAGGUGGAGAUUCCUUUUGACUCAUGGAACUUUGAAAAUCCAAGUGAUGAGUGGUUUGUGCUUCAGCCCAAGGUGGAAUUUGCUGCUGAUAUUGGCCUUCAGUACAAAGGAGAGCUGACAGUCAUUUUACGUUACAUACCCCCAGAGGAGAACCUGACACUUCCACUAGGACAGCUUCAAGGAAAGAAGACCUUUAAACGAGGAAAGAAGAAGGAUUCUCCUGUCAUCCCUGGAGGAAUCCUAGAAGUGUUCAUCAAAGAGGCAAAGAAUUUGACAGCGGUGAAAUCAGGAGGCACUUCUGAUAGUUUUGUGAAGGGCUACCUGCUCCCUGAUGAUAGCAAAGCCACCAAGCACAAAACUCUGGUAAUAAAAAAGAGUGUUAACCCUCAGUGGAAUCAUACCUUCAUGUUCACUGGCCUGCAUCCCCAGGAUUUAAAGAAUGUUUGCCUAGAACUUACCGUCUGGGACAAGGAGGCCUUUUCCAGCAACAUCUUUCUGGGAGGAGUUCGUUUGAAUUCUGGAAGCGGUGUGAGCCAUGGGCAGACCGUGGGUUGGAUGGACUCUCAGGGGGAAGAGCAACGCCUCUGGCAGAAGAUGGCGGACAAUCCUGGGACUCCGGUAGAGGGCGUACUCAUGCUGCGUGCCAGCAUGGGCAAGAGUAAGCUCUGAAGGUACCAGUUCUC